AGCAGCUGCUUUCCCUAUCGCCCGUCGCUCGUCGCCGAUCGGUCCGGAGCUCAGGCGGGGUCCCGGACUCGGGUCUCCGUGAGCGGCCAAAGGAACAGCGCCGGAGGAGGCGGAGGCGGAAGCGGAGCAAGUUGCGGCAGAUGGCCCAGAGCCCGCCAUGGCCCAGUUUUCAGCCGUGAUGAAUGGGGGCCCCAACAUGUGGGCGAUCACGUCCGAAGAGCGCACCAAGCACGACAAGCAGUUUGACAGCCUCCGGCCUGCGGGGGGGCACAUCACAGGUGACCAGGCACGCGGCUUCUUCCUGCAGUCCGGCCUUCCUGCUUCCGUGCUGGCCGAAAUAUGGACCCUCUCGGACCUGAACAAGGACGGCAAGAUGGACCAGCAGGAGUUCUCCAUAGCCAUGAAGCUCAUCAAGCUGACGCUGCAGGGGCAGCGGCUGCCUCCGUCCUUGCCCCCCGUGAUGAAGCAGCCGCCCGUGUUCUCUCCCUUGGCGUCCGCGCGCUUUGGGAUGGGGAGCAUGCCCAAUCUGUCCGUGCCUCCGCCUGGGCCUCCCGCCGCCCCCCUGGCCCCCGGGUCCUCCAGGCCGUCGGCCGCCUCCCUGCCUCCCUUGGUGAUGCCUGCUCCCCUGGUCCCCUCUGUCAGCACGUCGUCCUUACCCAAUGGGACGGCCGCUCUGCUCCAGCCGCUGGCUGCCCCUUUCUCCUCCGCGACGUUGCCUCACGCACCGUCGUACGGCCUCUUGAUGGGCAGCUUCGGCGCUCCCUCUAUCCAGAAGGCCCAGUCUCUCAUUGACCUGGGAUCGAGCAGCUCGACGUCUUCUACCGCCUCCUUGACGGGGGGCUCCCCCAAAGCUGGAGCCUCCGACUGGGCCGUCCCACAGCCCUCGAGAUUGAAGUACCGCCAGAAGUUUAACAGCUUGGAUAAGGGCAUGACCGGCUACCUCUCAGGUCUCCAGGCUCGGAAUGCCCUUCUCCAGUCCAACCUCUCUCAAACCCAGCUUGCGACUAUUUGGAACCUGGCCGACGUGGACGGAGACGGUCAGCUCAAAGCCGAAGAGUUCAUUCUGGCCAUGCACCUGACCGACAUGGCCAGAGCUGGGCAGCCCUUGCCUCUGACCUUGCCUCCAGAGCUGGUGCCGCCUUCGUUCAGAGGAGGAAGGCCUGGGGACUCCCUUAACGGCACUCAGCCCUGCUGCGAGAGGCCCCAAGAAGAGCCGCCCCAGAAGAAGUUGCCAGUGACUUUUGAGGACAAGAGGAAGGCCAACUACGAGCGAGGAAACCUGGAGCUGGAGAAGCGGCGGCAGGUGCUGCUGGAGCAGCAGCAGCGAGAGGCCGAGCGCAAGGCCCAGAAGGAGAAGGAGGAGCUCGAGCGCAAGCAGAGGCUGCUGCAGGAGCAAGAGUGGAGGCGGCAGCGGGAGCUGGAGAAGCAGCGGGAGCUCGAGAGGCAGCGGGAGGAGGAGCGGAGGAAAGAGCUGGACCGACGGGAGGCUGCAAAACAGGAGCUGGAACGCCAGCGGCGACUGGAGUGGGAGAGAAUUCGGCGCCAGGAGCUUCUCAGUCAGCGGAACAGGGAGCAGGAAGAGAUCGUGCGGCUGCAGACGAGGAAGAAGGGUCUCCACCUCGAGCUGGAGGCCCUGGGCGGCAAACAGCAGCAGAUCUCGGGGCGCCUCGAGGACCUGCGGCUCCGGAAGCAGAGUCGGAGGAGCGAGCUCGAGGCUCUGGACCGCCAGUGCGACCUGGGCGUCGCCGAGAUCCGCGAGCUCCAGCAGCAGCUCCAGGAGUCUCAGAAGCAGCUCGUGUUCCUGGUGCCCGAGAAGCAGCGGCUCCAGGAGAAGGCGGAGCACCUGCAGCCGGACAGCUCGGCCACUCCGGGCGUCGGCGCCGUCCAGCAGAAGUCUGCCGAGAAGGAGGGUCUGUGCCGGAGACUGAAGGAGCAGCUGGACGCCCUCGAGAGGGACACGGCCGCCAAGCUCUCGGAGAUGGACGCGUUUAACAGCGAGCUGAAGUGUGUGACUAUGGAUGACUGUGUUCUGCGGUGCCUUUUGUCCCUGCUCAGCUGCCUCCACCACCUCUUCCUCUUACUUAAGGAGCUGAGAGAGAACUACAACACCCAGCAGCUGGCCCUCGAGCAGCUCAACCACAUCAAGCGGGAGAAGCUGAGGGAGAUGGAGAGGAAGCGGGCCGAGGCCGAGGCGGCCAGGAAGGCGAAGCAAGACAAAGAGAACCUGUGGCGGGAAAGCCUGAAGGAGGAGGAGGAGGAGAAGCAGAGGCACCUGGGCCGAGAGCAAAGCGGCCAGGAGCUGCCCCGGGAGCCCCUCAGUCGGGCCUCGGACCCCGACAAGUCCGCCGGCUGGGAGAGCUACCGGGCCUUGUACCCCUUCGAAGCGAGGAGCCACGACGAGAUGAGCUUCAACGCCGGCGACGUGGUGCAGGUGGACGCCAAGAGCACGGGGGAGCCCGGCUGGCUCUAUGGCCGCUUCCAAGGCCGCUGCGGCUGGUUCCCCGGCAACUACGUGGAAAGGCUGUCGGCCGGGGAAAAGCCGGCGUCGCCCAAGAAGGCCUCGCUGCCGCCGCCGGCCUCCCCCGAGUGCCGGCCCUCGGGGCAGCCCGCCGCAGACACCGACUACCAGAACGUGCCCUUCUCCGCCCUGUCGGCCGAGGCCUCCCGGCAGAAGAAGUCCGCGUUCACGCGCACGCUGUCCCCCGGAUCGGCGUCGCCCGUCCACGGGCAGGGGCAGGCGGCGGAGAGCCUGAAGGCGCAGGCGCUGUGCUCGUGGACCGCCAAGAAGGAGAACCACCUGAACUUCUCCAAGCACGACGUCAUCACCGUCCUGGAGCAGCAGGAGAACUGGUGGUUCGGGGCGGCGCACGGCCGCAGCGGCUGGUUCCCCAAGUCCUACGUCCGCCUCGUGGCCGGCCCAGACGCCCGGCGGGAGGAGCCUGAAGCCGUCUACGCCAGUGUCCAGCGGAAGCCCAGCAGUGCGGUCCCUGUGCUGGGAGAAGAGUACGUGGCGCUCUACUCCUACUCGAGCUCGGAGCCCGGAGACCUGACCUUCGCCGAGGGCCAGGAGAUCCUGGUCACGCAGAGGGACGGAGAGUGGUGGACGGGGACCGCCGAGGGCCGGGCCGGCAUCUUCCCGUCCAACUACGUCCGGCCGAAGGAGCCCGAGGGUCCGGGGAGCGCGGGCCGAGCCGGGGCCCCCAGCAGAAAGCCAGAGAUCGCCCGGGUGACUUCGGCCUACGCGGCCUCCGGGGCCGAGCAGCUCAGCCUGUCGCCGGGGCAGCUCAUCCUGAUCCUGAAGAAGAACGCCAGCGGCUGGUGGCAGGGGGAGCUGCAGGCCAGAGGCAAGAAGCGGCAGAAGGGCUGGUUCCCGGCCAGCCACGUCAAGCUCCUGGGCCCGAGCGGCGAGAGAGGGACGGCGGCCCCCCAGCCAGUGUGCCAGGUCAUCGCCAUGUACGACUACGCCGCCAGCAACGAGGACGAGCUGAGCUUCUCCAAGGGGCAGCUCAUCAGCGUCCUGAGCCGCGACGACGCCGACUGGUGGCACGGGGAGCUGGGCGCCGCCAGCGGCCUCUUUCCCGCCAACUACGUGAAGAUGACCACCGACUCGGACCCGAGCCAGCAGUGGUGCGCCGACCUGCAGAGCCUGGACAGCAUGGCGCCCGCCGAGAGGAAGAGGCAGGGCUACAUCCACGAGCUGAUCCGCACCGAGGAGCGCUACGUGGACGACCUGCAGCUCGUCACUGAGGUCUUCCAGAAGCGGAUGGCCGAGUCGGGCCGCCUGAGCGACGGGGAGAUGGCGCUGAUCUUCGUGAACUGGAAGGAGAUCAUCAUGUCCAACACGAAGCUGCUCAAGGCGCUGCGUGUGCGGAAGAAGACGGGCGGCGAGAAGAUGCCGGUGCAGAUGGUGGGGGACAUCGUGGCGGCCGAGCUGGCCCACAUGCAGGCCUACAUCCGCUUCUGCAGCUGCCAGCUCCACGGGGCGGCCCUGCUGCAGCACAAGACGGACGAGGACCCCGACUUCAAGGAGUUCCUGAAGAGGCUGGCAUGUGACCCGCGGUGCCAAGGCAUGCCGCUGUCCAGCUUCCUGCUGAAGCCCAUGCAGAGGAUCACGCGCUACCCGCUGCUCAUCAGGAACAUCCUGGAGAACACGCCCGAGAGCCACGCCGACCACGCGGCCCUGAAGCUGGCGCUGGAGCGCGCCGAGGAGCUCUGCUCGCAGGUCAACGAGGGGGUGCGCGAGAAGGAGAACUCGGAGCGGCUCGAGUGGAUCCAGGCGCACGUGCAGUGCGAGGGCCUCGCCGAGCAGCUCGUCUUCAACUCGCUCACCAACUGCCUGGGCCCGCGCAAGCUGCUGCACUGCGGCCGCCUCUACAAGGCCAAGAGCAACCGCGAGCUCUUCGGCUUCCUCUUCACCGACUUCCUGCUGCUCAGCCACGCCAGCCACCCCCUGCCCGCCGCCGGCCCCGACAGGCUCUUCAGCGCCAGGCCCGGCGUCCAGUUCAAGAUGUACAAGACGCCCAUCUUCCUGAACGAGGUCCUGGUCAAGCUGCCCACCGACCCGUCCAGCGACGAGCCCGUCUUCUACAUCUCCCACAUCGACCGCGUCUACACGCUCCGCGUGGACACCGUCAGCGAGAGGACGGCCUGGGUCCAGAAGAUCAAGGGGGCUUCGGAGCAGUACAUCGAGACGGAGAAGAAGAGGCGGGAGAAGGCCUAUCAGGCGCGGUCGCAGAAGUCGUCGGGCAUCGGCCGGCUCAUGGUGCACGUCAUCGAGGCGUCCGAGCUCAAGGCCUGCAAGCCCAACGGGAAGAGCAACCCGUACUGCGAGGUGAGCCUGGGCUCGCAGAGCUUCUGCACGCGGACGCUGCCGGACACGCUCAACCCCAAGUGGAACUUCAACUGCCAGUUCUUCGUGCGGGACCUGCGGCGGGACGUGCUGUGCCUGACGCUCUUCGACCGCGACCACUUCUCCCCGGAUGAUUUCCUGGGCCGCACCGAGAUCCCGGUGGCUGCCAUCCGGUCGGAGCAGGAGGGCCGCGGGCCCAGCACGCGCCGGCUGCUGCUGCACGAGGUCCCCACCGGGGAGGUGUGGGUCCGCCUGGACCUGCAGCUCUUCGAGCAGAAGCCCCUCCCGUAGGGCCGCGGGCGGCCGAGCUCUGCCCUCCCAGAGGCCCCGGCGCGAGGCUGGACGGCCAACCCUGGGAGCUCCUGGCCCGGAGCGGCCCCCUCGGGCAGCGCUCGGCCUCCGCUCUGCGAGCGCCGGGUUCGGGGACUGUUUCGGGGGGACGUUUGACAAAUAAAUAGAACGCAGAUGGCA